UCACACUUAUAACUCGUCCGACCUCGGCGGUCCGCAAAACAUUAUUUACUCGGUUUUCGGCUAAAUCGCCAGCAAACGCAACGGAAAGUCGUUUAAAAUGCGCUCCAGUGCACAGAGUUCAAACGCAAAAUGAAUUGAAUUCGCUUCUGGAGCGCGCAGCAUGCAAAAGUCAGUGUCCCGUGUGAAUCGCCACCACAGAAUGUGUGCUAGCAGUUGAUCGGUCAGGAUCUACCACACAGAACGCGAGUUCACCAAGCUCUCCAAGGAUACACCUUCACACCGCCCAACGACCCUGCACACAGACUCCUCAGCACGAUGAACACCAGCCAGACAGCUGCCGGCAACCGCAUAACGUUCACCAGCCAGCCGCUGCCCAAUGGCACCAUCAACAUAGCCGGCAAUCCCGGCACUGUCAUCUCGACGGCCCAGCUGCCGAACACCACCACCAUCAAGACCAUCCAGGCGGGAUUGGGGGCCCACCAUCCGGGACUGGCGCAGGUCCACCAGGUGCAACAGCAGCAGGCGCAGCAGCAGACGCAAUCCGUAGGUGCCACCCAAACACAAACCCUAGUUAUUAAAUCCAACCACCAUGCUGUCACCCUGCCGGCGGGUCUAGUCUCAAGUGCACCAGCAGGAAUCGUAACCAUGACCAAGACCAUCAAUCAGGCCGGUCAGCCGUUGCUGAACUCGAUGCUGCCGGCGGGCGUGGUGGUGGGCAUGCGCCACCAAGCCCCGACGCAGCAGCAGCAGAAGAAUGUGCCCACCAAUCCGCUUAGCCGUGUGGUGAUCAACUCGCACAUGGCGGGCGUGAGACCGCAGAGUCCAUCGAUAACUUUAAGCACACUAAAUACGGGCCAGACCCCGGCAUUGCUGGUCAAGACGGAUAACGGAUUCCAGCUGUUGCGCGUGGGCACGACGACGGGUCCGCCGACGGUGACACAGACUAUAACCAAUACCAGCAACAAUAGUAACAACAGCAACACGACAAGCACUACAAAUCAUCCCACAACAACACAGAUUCGUCUGCAAACUGUGCCGGCUGCAGCUGUAAGUAGAUACCAACAACAACAACAACAACAACAACAACAACAACAGCAACAUCAGCAGCAGCAGCAACAGCAAGCCACCAGCGGCAGCAGCACAGCCAGCACUAGCAUAGCACUGCGCAAAACGAUUGUCCGUACAUCAUCCACCACAGUCCCAUCCAGCAAUAAUAAUAACAACAAUAAUAACAGUAUUAUCAAUGCUACCACCACCACCACCAACACCACCACCUCUACCAACAACAACAACAACAAACCCGCUACUAACCAACAACAGCAGCAACAGCAGAAGCUCCAACAGCAACAGCAGCAUCUCAAGGCCCAGCAGCAGCAGCAGCAGCAACAUAAACAGCAGCAACAGGCAUCCGCUGCGGCUGCCGCUGCAGCAGCUGCCGCCAAUGUGGCGGCCACCAUAAAGAUUAAGCAAAACUCUCUGACCAACACCACCGCCUCCAACAACAUAAUUGUGAAUUCAGUGGCCAGCGGGGGUUAUACGAACGCAUCGCAGCCGCCGCACCUGACCCAACUGAAUACGCAGGCGCCGCACCUGCCACAGAUAACGCAAAUCCAAACGAUACCAGCCCAGCAGCAGUCGAACAAUGUGGGUGGAGCCGCCACGGGCACAGUGACCACAGCGGUGAGCAGCACCAGUAGCAGUACGACGGCAACAGCGGCGACGACGACCACGCAACAGGGGAAUACCAAAGAAAAGUGUCGCAAGUUUCUAGCCAAUUUAAUCGAAUUGUCGACACGGGAACCGAAGCCGGUGGAAAAGAAUGUGCGCACCCUCAUCCAGGAGCUGGUCAAUGCGAAUGUGGAGCCGGAGGAGUUUUGCGACCGCCUGGAGCGCUUGCUCAACGCUAGCCCGCAGCCCUGUCUGAUAGGAUUCCUCAAGAAGAGCUUGCCCCUGCUACGGCAAGCGCUCUACACGAAGGAGCUGGUCAUCGAGGGUAUCAAACCCCCGCCGCAACAUGUGCUCGGACUGGUCGGACUUCCUCCACAGCUGCCGAAAAUCCAAGCGCAAAUCCGUCCGAUCGGCCCCAGCCAGACGACAACAAUUGGACAAACGCAGGUGCGCAUGAUAUCGCCAAAUGCCUUGGGUCAGCCGCGACCCACCAUUGGCCACACAACGAUAUCAAAGCAGCCGCCCAACAUACGGCUGCCUACGGCUCCACGGCUGGUCAACACGGGAGCCAUUCGCUCCCAGAUACCCUCCCUACAAGUGCCUGGACAGGCGAACAUUGUGCAAAUUCGUGGACCGCAAAAUGCCCUGCAGCGCACGGGAUCGGUGCAGAUCCGUGCCACCACCCGGCCGCCGAAUAGUGCGCCCAGUACGAACAAACUCACUGCCGUCAAGGUGGGCCAGACGCAGAUUAAGGCGAUUACGCCCAGCCUGCAUCCACCCUCGCUGGCUGCCAUCUCGGGCGGACCGCCGCCGACACCUACGUUAUCUGUUAUAUCCACUCUAAACUCUGCAUCAACCACAACGCUACCGAUACCGUCGCUGCCCACGGUGCACCUGCCACCGGAGGCACUUCGUGCCCGUGAGCAGAUGCAAAAUUCGUUGCACCACAACAAUAACAAUCACUUCGAAGCGAAGUUGGUGGAGAUUAAGGCAUCGUCGUCGCUGCAUCCGGCCCACAUCACAGCUUCGCUAACGCCAAUUGGAGCCAAAACGACGAUGGCAAAGGCGUCGCCAAUGAUCGGCAAGGCGGCGUUGAAUAAAAAGAAACGUGACGCAAUGGAGGAUGCCAAGUUGAACAGUGCAGGCGGAGCAGCGGCGGCGGCGGCCAACUCGUUCUUCCAGCAGAGCUCCAUGUCCUCGUCGAUGUACGGCGACGAUGAUAUCAAUGAUGUGGCUGCCAUGGGUGGCGUUAAUCUGGCAGAGGAGUCGCAGCGGAUACUCGGCUGUACGGAAAACAUUGGCACCCAGAUACGGUCCUGCAAGGACGAGGUGUUCCUCAAUCUACCCGCGCUCCAGGCCCGGAUACGGGCCAUUACGUCAGAAGCGGGCCUAGACGAGCCGGCGCAGGAUGUGGCCGUUCUGAUAUCGCACGCCUGCCAGGAACGGCUAAAGAACAUCGUGGAAAAGUUGGCUGUGAUAGCGGAGCACCGCAUUGAUGUCAUCAAGUUGGAUCCUCGCUAUGAGCCCGCUAAGGAUGUGCGCGGUCAGAUCAAGUUUUUAGAGGAGCUCGACAAGGCCGAGCAGAAGCGGCACGAGGAGUUGGAGCGAGAGAUGUUGCUGCGGGCGGCCAAGUCGCGGUCGCGAGUUGAAGAUCCCGAACAGGCCAAGAUGAAGGCGAGGGCCAAGGAGAUGCAACGUGCUGAGAUGGAGGAGCUGCGCCAGCGGGACGCGAAUCUGACGGCGUUACAGGCGAUUGGACCACGAAAAAAACUGAAGCUGGACGGGGAAGCCGCCAGUGCGGGAGUGGGUUCGAGUGGCGGCGGAUUGCUGAGCAGCUCGGGAUCUGCGCCAACCACGUUACGGCCACGCAUUAAGCGUGUCAACCUGCGCGACAUGCUCUUCUAUAUGGAGCAGGAGCGCGAAUUCUGUCGCAGCUCCUUGCUGUUCAAGACAUACCUCAAGUGAUCGUCGUCCAUCAUUCGCAGCAGCAGCACCGUCUUCUCCUCCGCCGCCUUCUCCUACUCCCUGGACUGUCGCUGUCGUUUCCAGCUUUACGAGUUCAUUAUACAUUUGCAAUAUACACAAUUUUACAUAAUUUAUCCUCAAAUUGAACUGCGUCGCGUCGUCCCUUCGUUGUUGUUUUAUUUUUUUUAGUUAGGCGACCCCUUCUCCAUUUUAUAUAUUUACCUUACUUAAAUCGUAACUUGUAAUUUUAAGACUUAAAGCUCUUUUAUUUCCCCGCCUCCAAUAAAUUGUCUGUAAAACUC